AUGGGUGCUAUUCCCGAAGCCGACCCCGAUGAGACCAUCGAGACCAAGCCCUUCAAGUUCGUGACUGGCUACGAUGCUCGUUUCCCGCAGAUGAACCAGUACGUCCAUUCCUCAUGCCUGUAUCUGGCGACAUCUAACUCCGCUUCUCAGGACCAAGCACUGCUGGCAGAACUACGUCGACUACUACAAGUGCGUCACCGCAAAGGGCGAGGACUUCCGCCCGUGCCGUCAGGUAUGUACCUUGAAACCUCCCAAUAA